AUGGUGCUUCUGUAUCCAGAAGGACUAUCCAUAUUCAUCAUCAAAAGGGUUUACCUCUGGUUCGACCCCACCAUAUCCAUAUCCAUGUCCACCGGCGGCAAGGGAGACAGGGAGCAGAGGAUUUACCUCUGGUUCGACCCCACCAAGGAUUACCAUUCCUACUCUGUUCUCUGGAACAACUAUCUCAUUGCGUUCUUUGUGGACGACGUGCCAAUCCGGGUGUUCAAGAACCUGAAGAACCUGGGGGUGAAGUUCCCGUUCGAGCAGCCGAUGAAGAUCUACUCCAGCCUGUGGAACGCCGACGACUGGGCGACGCGCGGCGGCCUGGAGAAGACGGACUGGUCCAAGGCCCCCUUCAUCGCGGCGUACAGGGGGUUCCACGUGGACGGCUGCGAGGCGUCCGUGCAGGCCAAGUUCUGCGCCACCCAGGGCUGCGAGGCGUCCGUGCUUCUGUAUCCAGAAGGACUAUCCAUAUUCAUCAUCAAAUUCCCCCCCCCCCCCCCCCCCCCGCAGCUUACUGCUGCUUCAAAUUGGAAUCUCCGAGUUGGAAUUAUUUUUGGAGAUGGGCAAGAACGAAAGAGAGCGGCGCCAAUGAGGAAUCGAGAGAGCGAACAGGAGGAGAAAUCUUUGAACUUCCCAACCAAGGGGUCGUACUGGGAUAGAUGA